CCAACAAUCGUCAACCUGUGGAUAGGGCGCGCGCGGCGCUGUCUCCAGUGCCACCCUCUCCCUCUCACACCAAGCCCGUUAUCCAGGACGCAUGAACUGGGAGAGGGUGCCGGGUUCGAUUCCCCAACGAGGAAGGACUGGAACCGAAAAGUUGAGGGGCUCGUGCGCCAUCCCCGCUUCAUGAAUGGCCGGACCAUGGAGGAGAUGCCAUUCGAAAGAGUCAAGACCCGGCGGAGAAAGGGUCACUGCCCAGCCGGUGCACCCCUGGGCGCCAUCGCCUGCGAGGACGAGUUCAACAGCCACGAGCUGGAGGCUCUCUUCCAGAACUACAACCUGAAGCUAGAGCAGACCGCCACCCUCAAGGCGCUGGCGGUGCUCAUUGUGGCCGCGUCGUCGCUAUCCCUGGUGGAGCUGCUGUCCAGCCCGCGUCUCACCUUGUCCAAGGGCUCGUACCCGGUGCACUGCGUGGUGUUCUUGUCGCUCUUCAUCGUCACUAACGUCAAGUACCUGCAGGUGACGCAGCUGCAGCAGAUCGCGAAGCUGACGCUACUGUUCAGCUUCACCUUUGCGCUGCUCUGCUGCCCGUUCCCGCUGGCGCUCGGCACAUCAGAGCUGGUGAGCACCGGAGCCCCUGAGCAAGGCGUGUGGCAGCUCAUGUUGGUCACCCUCGUGGCUUACGUGCUGCUGCCGGUACGGACGCUGCUGGCAGUGCUGUUCGGAGUGAUGCUGGCUGCAUCUCACUUCAUUGUCAUAGCGACGUCGGUCACGGGGAGGAAACAGAGGCUGUGGACACCGCUGGUAGCCAACGCGGUGCUGUUCACCAGCGUCAACUUGUCCGGGGUGUUUGUGAGGAUUCUCACAGAACGCACCCAGAGGAAAGUCUUCCUGCAGGCCCGAAACUGCAUCGAGGAGAGGUUGAGGCUGGAGGAUGAGAACGAGAAACAGGAGCGUCUGCUAAUGAGCCUUCUGCCCAGGAAUGUUGCCAUGGAGAUGAAGGAGGACUUCCUGAAACCGCCUGAGCGGAUCUUUCACAAGAUCUACAUCCAACGUCAUGACAAUGUCAGCAUCCUGUUUGCAGACAUCGUGGGUUUCACCAGCUUGGCCUCUCAGUGCACUGCUCAGGAACUGGUCAAACUGCUCAACGAACUCUUUGGGAAAUUUGAUGAGCUGGCUACAGAGAAUCACUGCAGGAGGAUAAAGAUCCUCGGGGACUGUUACUACUGUGUGUCCGGACUGACCCAACCCAAAGCAGACCACGCCCACUGCUGUGUGGAGAUGGGACUGGACAUGAUUGACACUAUUGCGUCAGUGGUGGAGGCGACAGAGGUGGAUCUGAACAUGCGUGUGGGUCUGCACACAGGACGGGUGCUGUGUGGCGUGUUGGGCCUCAGGAAAUGGCAGUACGACGUCUGGUCAAACGAUGUCACGCUGGCAAAUGUGAUGGAAGCCGGAGGGCUGCCUGGCAAGGUGCACAUCACACGAACAACCCUGGAGUGUUUGAAUGGAGACUACGAGGUGGAACCUGGCUUCGGACACGAGAGACAUGCCUUCCUUCAGAAGCACCACAUAGAGACGUAUUUCAUCGUGCCAUCACACAGACGCAAAAUCUUCCCAGGUCUGAUUCUGUCAGACAUCAAACCAGCCAAGAGGAUGAAGUUUAAGACCGUGUGCUACCUGCUAGUGCAGCUGAUGCACUGUAGGAAGAUGUUCAAGGCUGAGAUCCCUUUCUCAAACGUCAUGACCUGCGAAGAUGACGACAAGCGGAGAGCCCUGCGGACAGCGUCAGAGAAGCUGAGGAGUCGAACAUCCUUCUCAGCCACCGCCGUGCAGCACUCGCCAGCGACACGAGUCAAUCGCUACAUCGGGCGACUCAUUGAAGCGCGGCAGACCGAGUCAGAGACAUCAGACCUCAACUUCUUCACCCUGUUCUACCGGAGCAGAGACAGGGAGCGCAGGUAUCACCAGGUGUACGAUGACCAUUUCAUCAGCGCAGUGGUUCUCUCUCUGAUCCUCGCUGCUCUGUUUGGCCUUAUCUAUUUACUAAUGAUCCCACAGGGGAUGCUGGUGCUGCUGCUGCUAGUGCUGUGUGUGUGUUUCCACGUGGCCUGCAUCAUGUACCUACAUCUCACCAGUGUUCAGUGCCAACCAGGCUGCCUCACCAUCCAGAUCCGAACUGUGCUGUCCGUCUUCCUCGCUCUGCUCACCUACUCUGUAACCCAGACCUGCGUGGUUGGAUGUGUUCCUUGGGGCCGAUUUGGGUCAAACUCCAACGGCUCCCUGGAGGACGUCCCUGCAGACUCUCCUCUCGAGGUCGGACCCCAAAACAGCACAGUGGCAGACAGAGCUUGCACCAACAUGGCGUACGCACUUCUGUCCUGUGUGGCUGGCACCCUCACUGUUGUCCCCUACCUCCGAGUCUCCUCGCUACCCAAGAUCCUCCUGCUCCUGCUCCUCUCAGUCACCUACACUGUCGUCAUGGAGACCAGCGGAUAUCGACAAGCUGUGGGUGGAGGCUUUCUCCACACUAGAGGCUAUGAUCCUGUGUUGGCUGUGUUACUGUUUUCUGGAGCCCUGGCUCUGCAUUCAAGGCAGCUGGAUCUGAAGCUACGGCUCGAUUAUCUUUGGGCGACUCAGGCGGAGGAGGAGAGAGGCGACAUGGAGAAGGUGAAGUUGGACAAUAAGAGGAUCCUGUUCAACCUGCUGCCAGCUCAUGUGGCUCAGCACUUCCUCAUGUCUAACCCCAGGAACAUGGACCUUUACUACCAGUCCUACGCUCAGGUCGGUGUGUUGUUCGCUUCCAUCGCCAACUUUAAUGACUUCUACAUCGAGCUGGACGGGAACAACAUGGGCGUCGAGUGUCUCCGGCUGCUCAAUGAGAUCAUCGCAGACUUUGAUGAGCUGAUGGACAAAGAAUGUUACAGAGAUAUUGAAAAAAUCAAGACUAUUGGCAGCACAUACAUGGCUGCUGUAGGGCUGGUUCCUACAACUGCCUCCAAGACAAAGAAGUCCAUCACCUCUCACUUAUGCACAGUGUCUGAUUUUGCCAUUGAGAUGUUUGACGUCCUGGAUGCCAUCAACUACCAGUCAUACAAUGACUUUGUCCUGAGAGUCGGUAUCAAUGUGGGACCAGUUGUGGCAGGAGUGAUCGGAGCCAGAAGACCUCAGUAUGAUAUCUGGGGCAACACGGUGAACGUUGCCAGCAGGAUGGACAGCACCGGAGUACAGGGGAAGAUACAGGUGACAGAGGAUGUUCAUCGCCUCAUCACAGACUACUACAACUUUGUUUGCCGCGGUCAGGUGAGUGUGAAGGGCAAAGGUCAGAUGCUCACGUACUUCCUUGAGGAGCGUCGGCCAGGCAGCUGGCCGGUCCAGAGCCAGCAGCAGCAGCAGCAACCAAGAAGCUCGGAGCGAAGGUCCAGCGCCUUCAACCACGGUAGCGUGUGCACCAAACUGAGCCCCGGACCCACCGUCACCACGUACGCCUCCAUCAGGACUCCGAGCCCGAGCACCAACAAACCCACCACCUCCACCAGCACCACAAGGUACCUGCCCUCUGUUCCCACGGCUAUGGUAUGACGCGUGGAGGCAGGACACAAGAAUGAUUAUCGAAUAUCGACAAGUUAGCUUUUAGCAGAUUAAGCUUGUUGAAAGAAGAAGUUGAGCCACUCUUCUGCUAUGAUCUGUGGACGCAGAGAGGCUGAUCACCCAAUGGGAGGCCUGGACUCAUGUCUGGACUGUUUUCAGGAGUCUGAGGCAGAUCAGUUUCUCACACACAUGGCUGAUUGUUGGUGAAAUGACCUGUGUACUGAAUGCUUUAGCCAGGUUGCUCUGUUAUCAUUCAACAGCCAAGAGCAUCUUCACGAUUUCACAGCCAACUCCUAAAAACUGCGAUAACUACGAUAACAAUAAAAGCAUCAAAACAGAACUUACAGUGUAGCAUGCAUCCAGAAAAUUCCUUUAAUGACUUUAGCGGACCCUUUUAUCUCAGUGUAAAACCAAAUCAGUGCUGUUGCCUUAGCGACCACUCCUCAUGAUGAGUUUCUUUUUGCCAUUUUUCGUUGCCUUUUAGAUCAUUUUAUUGAUUUAUUGGAUGAAGACACAGAUAGCUACAUGUUUUUAAAGCCAAAUGUAGAAUUGUAAAUGGCAGUAAGUAGUAAAAAAAUGCCAAACUACGACAGGGCAUUGCCUUCAUCGUUUCCAGGUUGGCGAUGCGUUUCUGUGUUACUUCACUUUAUCCCUCUAACGGCACAUGAGACAGACUCUUUUUGAUUUUGCGAGCCGAGCCACUCAGGCUCGGCGUCUUUAAGUGCAUGAUGCCACUGCUGCAUUUCGGUCAUGUUUGCUGUCUGUUUCCCUGUGAUGCUUGACUUCCAGAUUCUUCCUCGUCUUAAAGUGUAGCAAUAAGAAGCGGUUCGUCUCCUAUCUCAGCCUCCUCAUCCUGCAUGCUGUAGCCGGCUGGAUCCUCUUUUUGACCUGAUAGUGUAUGUAGCCAAUAGAGUGUGUGUAGCUAGCCACACCAGUCUGUAACUCUGUGGUGCAUGACUUAGAAACUUAUUUUCUGUAUUGUGCGAGUGUGAUUCCUUCCUGACAGAGGUAUAUCUUAAAAAAGGAAACCUUUUCCUGCGUGUUUGUUUAAUAAUAAGAACUAUUUUCUAUUGUUGAAAUAUUCUGUUUUACUAUUUUUAUGAACUAAAAAAGCUGCUUUGGUAGAGAGAAGGAAAAACUGCUGUUUAUGAGGAGACACCCAAACCUUGCUGUCUGGCUUCCUCAUACAAACCCAGAUGAUUUAUUUUAUGGUACAGUAUGCUACUCACAGUACGGCUAACCACAGCCAUUAACUCUCCUCUAAUCUGUCCCAGCAUGCACCGCCUGCAAGCCUGUGGCUCCUCCAUGCAUGCUUUGAUGGAGCUAAUACAGGCUGAGCGGCAGUGACUCUGUUUUAAUGUAGUCCUCAUGCAUGCGCUAACAGCAGCGGUCCUCUUGAAUGUAAGGUGCUUUCUUGACCCGUGUCUUCUUCUUCUUGAGUUCUUGAGUAUCUGAACAUUUUGAGGACAUUUUUCAGGAUGGUUUAGAGAUCAGGCAUGGGGGGAUUACUCCUUCUCUUCCUCCUCCCCGCUCCUGCAGGUAGCUGGUUUUCAAAUGUGCCAACCUAUUUUCAUAAACAUAUCAAACUUUUUCUCUUUGAGCUGUAGCACAACUGAAUGUGUGGCUACGGUAGUUGUUAUACUUUCUUUUCUUUAGUUGUUGUUGAAUGCCUGUGUUUUUUCAGCUGUUCCUCAACAGUUUUGUACCUCUAAAUUAUGGCAAGUGUUGAGUUUCUGAGCGACUAUAACCUGACUGAAACGAUGUUGUUGUAUUUAUCAUAAUAUAGAUUUUAAAGUCUAUACAGUAGCUUGAACGCCUACUUAAGUUUCUAAGAGAUUAAAUGAGGAUUUUUAUACAUUUGCUUUAAACAGAAGUUGGAGAGUUGAUGGAAAGGAGUCAUGUACAAUAUUUUUCCUGUAAAUUGGAUAUUUUCAUACUGUAUGAUACGGGUUUCAGUUGUUAUAUGUAGGUAUUAAUAUCUAUUACUGUACAUUGAAGAGUCUUUUUCAGAGAUAUAUUGCAAAUGAAACAACAUUUGUCGAGUUUUUUUGUUGCAGAUGUAUUUAUUGAGAUGUUUUAUGUGAAUGUACAUUUUGUUAAAGAUGAUAUUUUAUACUAAGUGUUUGCACUGCGAUGAUAUUGACGUAUUAAGGUUAUAAAAAUAAAGCCAGAGGGGAUGUGUCUCCUGAAGUAUGA